AUGUCGACCACUACCAUAUCGACCACUGCCGAGCAGCUGUCGGUUGCCAACGCUGCUAUACCUGAUCAUGUAAACUUGGACGCGUCUCACAUCAAGACCGCCGUGCGCAUCCUUGGCAUUAUCGAAAGAUAUGCCCUACCACACAAGGCUGGCCCUCUAACCAAAGCCAACGAAGACACUAAAUUUCUAAGUCAAAUCGCUGCCAAGGUUGCUGACAGGCGACCGAUUGAGAUGUGCCUUCCUGCGUUCCCGUUCAAGUCCCCAAACAACAGUACGAAGGUUCUAGGACGUCUUCCAGACAAGGCGGAAGAGUUCGCAUUGGCGCACCUCAAUGGACUUUGUUGUGCGAUUGAGGACGAGUACAAUCCAGGAGCCAAGCUCAUGAUUAUUUCAGAUGGCCUCGUGUACAAUGAUCUCCUGGGUGUUCCAGACAGUGAUGUUUGGGCAUAUGGCGAAGCUCUGCGGGCACUCAGCCUAAGCAAAGGUUUUAAGCACAUUGAAUUCUCGCGACUAAAGGACUUGGUGAAUAUUGGCGUGCCCAAUGAGAUGGACCAGAUCGUCUACGCCGCUAAUGCCACGAACUUUCGGGUUGCUCUCUUGUCUCAGUUCAGUAACCCCGACUUCGAUGCGUCGCUCAAGAUCCGCGAGGACGAGGACACGUGUAUGACAUAUCGUGGCUACAUCAGGUUUUUAUCAACAGAUCUCCAAGAUGUGUAUCCCGUUGGAAAGGAUCGAACCAAGUCACAGUUCAAGAGAGGGGUUGAGUAUGUCGCAAAGCAGAUGCUCUUCCGUGGUGACGCGUUUGCUCGUGCUGCAAAGAAUACCUUUUCAGACCGCAUCAGACUCUCAAUUCAUCCAUCGAACGGCGAGAACAAGAUUUCUAUCAGCCCUCUGCCAACUGAUACUUCUUUCACAACUCCUUGGCACUGCAGCAUUGCCAUCCGAAUAGAUGGCACCGUCACUAGCGGUCAUCGUGCAUUGUUCGAUGCCGACGACAAAUUCGAGCUCGUUUAUGAAAGCGGUCGACCAAGUUUCUACAGAGAGAAGACAGAUUUGCUAUCCUGGGGAGACCAGCAUGGUGGAAUCAUGUGUGAGCCCAUUUACCCUGCAGGCCUCCUCAUCAGACCAGCGGCUGGUGCUGGCGCGCUGUCGAUCGAAGAGGUUGAUGGACCCAAAGUUCGGGCUCUCGCUGAAAGAAACUCUCCGGUAAUCAUUCGAGACUUCUCGAAGACCAGGGAUCGGGAUCUGUUCGUGAAGAAGUCACACGAACUAGGGGCACCCACAGGAUGGAAGUUUGGUCUGGUCCUCGAAGUGAAAGACCGGGGUGCUGAUACACGCGGCUUGAAUAAUGUGCUCUCGGCGGAAUGGAUGCCGUUCCACUACGAUGGUUUGUUUAAGACUGAAAAAAGAGUGCUAGUGGACGGCAGUGAGGAAGUCAUCUCAACGCCACCGAGAUUCCAGUUCUUUACGGGAGUCACUUCAUCACCAAAAGAUACGGGCUUCACUCUUUUCUCCUCGUCGACACUUGUAUUCAAGUAUCUUCCACGCGAAUUACAGCUGGAGUAUCUACGUGAUCUGACAUGGUCUGUCUCCACUUCAUCAUUCAACGCCACGGUGCUCCGCGGUCUGCCUUUGGUCGUCAACCAUCCGGAAACAGGCCGCCCAUGCCUCCGUUUCCACGAACCAUGGCCAGAGUCCAAGACCAAAUUCGAGGCAACCAAUGUUGAGAUCGAGAAUCCCGGCGAACACAGCGAUAGCGCAACGAUAUGCGGUACUCUCACUGAUCUUCUACACGACAGGCGGAUAGCAUAUUAUCAUGCCUGGGAGAAGGGUGACCUGGUGAUAAGCGAUAACAUCUUGGCGAUGCAUACCAGGAGCGACUUCACAGCAGGAUGCGACAGAGAACUUUGGAGGAUUAAUUUUGAUUAA